ACAUUGCUAGUUAGCUAGGUGUUAUUGUAUCUUUCCCAGUUUACAGCUAAAGACCAUUGCCUUCGAUAGGUUUAGUACCUAAACCAUUGGGAAACAUAGUAAUAGCCGUUUUGUAUUAUUUAGUUUACUGUGUGAGAAAGAAUGUCGUCCGAAAGCCCCGAAUACUCUCCGUUCUUCGCAGUGAUGGGUGCCUCUGCGGCUAUGGUUUUCAGCGCCUUAGGAGCAGCCUAUGGGACGGCUAAGAGUGGCACAGGGAUCGCUGCCAUGUCGGUGAUGAGGCCGGAGCUCAUCAUGAAGUCGAUCAUCCCCGUGGUCAUGGCGGGUAUCAUAGCCAUCUAUGGCCUGGUAGUAGCUGUGCUCAUUGCCAACAACAUCUCUGAGAAGGUCACCCUCUACAAGAGUUUCCUCCACCUGGGUGCUGGCCUGAGUGUAGGCUUGAGCGGGCUGGCAGCUGGCUUUGCCAUCGGCAUCGUAGGUGACGCGGGCGUGAGGGGCACGGCCCAGCAGCCCCGGCUUUUUGUGGGCAUGAUCCUCAUCUUGAUCUUCGCCGAGGUCCUGGGACUCUACGGUCUCAUUGUGGCCCUCAUCCUGUCCACGAAAUAAACCACCAACUUCUCCACCAAAAUAUGUCCUAUAUGUUGCUGCUGGAGAAAAGAGUAAAACCAGAAAUAAAAUGU